GUUUGGUCAUCGUGCGCUCGCGGGGUCUCGUGCAAAGAAUACAGCAGUGAGCGUGGGUGGCUCCACGCUCACGCCCUCUGCGUCACGCUGCUGAGACCUGGGGAGGAAGACGCUCUGCUCUCACUCUGUCCUGGCAGCGGCGCAGUGAAGUCACCUCCCUCCGUCCUCAGCCGAGGACGCACAGCGCUACAGGAGAAACAUGUUCAUUAAGUCCAACUGAGGAUUUCGCAACUUUAAGUCUGCUGACGCACAAAGGACAAACAUUUCGCACAGACCUGCCUUUUAAAAUGGCCGAACAGAACACCUGUCAUUACAAUGAGACGAUGAAGUUCUUUUACAACCAGAGCGGAGGUGAUGACAAAUGGGACACCACUCAGCUCAUCCUGGUCCAGGUUGUGGGCUCCAUCUUCUGCUGUUUCAUCCUGGUCUCCAAUGUCAUGGUCAUAGCUGCUGUCAUUACCAAUAAAAGGUUUCAUUAUCCUUUCUACUAUCUCCUUUCCAACCUGGCUGCCUCGGACUUCCUCGCAGGGAUAGCGUACGUGUACCUCAUGUUCAACACGGGCGAGGUGUCACGGCAACUUACUGUCACUGGUUACUUCAUCCGCCAAGGUCUUCUAGACAUCAGUCUCUCAGCUUCACUGGCAAACCUGCUAGUCAUAGCUCUGGAGCGCUACAUAUCUGUUAUGAGCUGGAAAGUUCAUAGCAACCUGACGAAGAGGAGGGUGACGCUGCUUAUUGUGCUGGUGUGGGCCAUUUCCAUCUUCAUGGGGGCUGUGCCCAGUCUGGGCUGGAACUGUAUCUGCAACCUGAACACGUGCUCCAAGCUCGCUCCCAUCUUCAGCAGGAGCUACUUGAUCUUCUGGUCUGUCUCCAACCUGGUGGUGUUCCUUAUCAUGGUGUCCAUCUACCUGAGAAUCUACGCCUACGUUAAAAAGAAGACGGCGAUGCUCAUGCCACACACCUCCGGCUCCAUCAACCGCAAGAGGACACCCAUGAAGCUCAUGAAGACGGUCUUGGUUGUGCUUGGGGCCUUUGUGAUCUGCUGGACUCCUGGCUUGGUGGUUCUGCUGAUGGAUGGCCUUAACUGUGAGAAUUGUCACGUCAUGAAGUUAAAGCGCUGGCUCCUGCUCCUGGCUGUACUCAACUCUGUCAUGAAUCCCUGCAUCUACUCUUACAAGGAUGAGGAAAUGUGGGCAACUUUUAAGAACCUCAUGCGCUGCAUUGGCAACGGCACUCGUCGGCAGAGGUCAACAAAUGCCAACUCCAAGCCACUGAGCUCUGGGCACGACACGGGCAACAGCCAGCCUCCCUCAGAAGAGAUGAAGAAUGAUGAGGGUUUACUCAAGAACUGAAAACUUUUUCUUUUUUUUCUUUUUUUUGAGAACAUCUGUCCAGAUCUGAACGAUCUUUAUGAAAAGAGACUGGAGCCGACUUGAAAGAGAAGCUGCACAUGUCUCCAGUUGGUCUCAGUGGGUUGUGUUUGUCCUCAGAUUAAAAGCAGUCUCCUGAAGAGACAUUUCACCCCAACUCCUCCACUGCUGGAGUUGGUUCGAUGGAGAUAGGGAUCUUCAUGCACUGCUGUUUCCCCUAAUGAAUGCAAACGAGCUGUUCUGUCAGGGUUUGAUCAUGUUUGGACACAUACCUCCCAUUCUUCCAUAAUGGGAAUCAUCCUGUGUUUUUUUUAUCAUAUCCUCUGGGUUGCGUAAGCACGGGUGACGCUGCGCUCGAAUGGCUGAUUAAAACAAGUCGGCGUGGCGUGCACGGCUGUUCAUUUCCCCUUUAAGCCUGCGAGGGAGUAAACCAUAUGAAGUGUGACAUCAAUAUGAUUUUCUGUAUAUCUGCUUGAUUCUUCCACUAAGUUCACUUCGUGGUUAGCUUUUAAGGAAUGCUGUAGUGGAAGAACUAGUCAAGAAGAGUGACAUUUCGUUCCAAGUCGGGCACUGUAAAGCUGCGGCUUCGCUUGGGCAGGACGCGGUUUUAUGUUUAUUUUAUGCUUUCAAUAGAUCCAGCAAAGCAUGCUUGAAACUAUACUGUGCAGAAAAUAUGUACUUGGUGUGAGAAUUUCAGUCACUUCUUGUUGAGUAGUUUGGCCUCUGGUGGACAGUCUGUCUCCUUUUUUCAGUUCACCUGUGCAAAACUAUGACCUGCAGCAAAUCACGCAGGCAGACUUGUUGUGUAACUUUUCUUUAUUCAAACAUCCGCUUCAGCUUGCUGAGUGGCUGAUGCUGCUCUGAUGAAACAGCUGGUCACCAGUAAAAGAGCUGUAAAAUGAUGUUGCAACACACUGGAUUCCAGCUGGAGGUUUGGCAUACAGUAGGCCCUCAGGACCUGAAGACGAUACGACUGAAUAGACUGUACCUCCCUUUGCGAACACAAGCGCUGCAGGCUGCAGGCUGAUUAGGAAAACUUCCUGGUCAAAUCUAAACCACUGACUGGGCUCAAAUGACUUUUCUUUGGUUGUAAAGUAUUUAUGCCAUGUAUGUUGUAAAGGACGUCAUUAAAAUUGUAAAUUGAGAGACAAGUUAGUGGAGCCGUUUACACCUUCUGUGGUUUGUUUGUUAGGCUGAGGUGACCUGUGUUCCUGUGUAGUUUUGGACUUUUAAAGCCAUAAAACUUUAAUGUCUUUUUAAAUA